AUGAAGGAAGAGAAUGGAAAAAAUCAAACCGAUACUCUAAAUGAACACAUAAAGGGAAGAGAAUUUGAAGAGGAAUUCCCUGUCGAAAAACAAUGCGCAGAUGACCUCGAAAACAUGCCAUAUCAAAUUACAAAUGCGCAGUUGCUUCAGAAAGAUUCCUGCUUAUUUUCGAUGAUA